UGGAGGGAAUUCGCCCGGGACCGCGCCGUGUGGCUGCAGCUUCGCGUAUGCCUCUCCUUCCCGAUACCGUACAUCUACAGAGAGAGCAACAGUGUCGACGACGAAUCGUCCAGCAGCGACGACUGCUCCACAGAGACAACAUGCUUGGUACACACUUGUGUUUGUAGAGUGGCCGGCCAGCAGUGACGACGACUCCACUUCCGUCGAGUCGACCUUCGACAAGCAGUCGGAGAGGAACCACCGACUUCGUUUGAUGGCGACCGCCGGCCACCUGGACACACUCGUCGUAGACGCCGACACUCUAACUAGCAGCCAGCUCGAGUCCAUCAUCCAUUCACGCGCCUCGGUGAGUAUGCAGAUACGCUUGUGACAGGUGCGCCGCCUCCUGCUGCGGACCAGCCACUGCGAGCCGCACAUGGACCCGCCGUGGGCACUGCGGCUGCUGCGUCGCGUGGCGCCCUACCUGGAGGAGCUGAGCCUGGUGCCCGCCACGCGCAGCAUGCUGGCCGAGCUGCACGCCAUGCCGAGGUACCGUAAACCGGGGCUGCGUCGCCUGGAAGCAGAGUUCUUCGCCAUGGCGAAGGAUGAAGAGCCAGUCAUGGAGAUCGCUGCCCCCAGCGAGCCUGGGACGGGCAUCGCGUGGCUGCGGGCGUUCGACCUGCCGCAGAACGUGACUGAGCUGCUGCUGCGCGCCUACGGCCAUUCGCUCAAGGAGGUCAUGCUCUCUGCUGGAGCGUCCAAGGACGCGGACGGCGAGGAGUGGCCCGUGACGGUUGCCACGGAGACGCUGGUGCCGAUGAUGGCGCGGUGCGGGCUGCGCGUGCUGCGUCGCUGGGUCCGGCCCGCACACCGCUGCGCUUACCCGGACCACUGUAGGGCGCAGCGCAAGGCGCUCCAGGCCGUCCUGCCCGCGUCGUGCCUCGUCCUGUGUGGCGGGCUGGACUGCGACCGCCGCGGGGCGCACUCCGGGGAAGACUUCGACUUCAACUUUUAGCUGUGGCCGGAAGCAGUUCCCACGCCUAUCCAUGUACACCUACACCUUCGACAAAAGGUUGCGUCUCUAGAGACACUUAUAUAGGCGCAAAGUGUGAAUUCCCUGAUGCGUGAUUCCCCAAAAUGCAAAUUUUUAACUUGUCAAGGUAGAUGUGAUUAAGUAACGAAGUAAGGAGACCUCCUGUACUGUAUUCUGACUUAACAGAUCAAUGUUUUAAUCCGUAUUAAUGGUAUGUGACAGUAGGAAUUGCGUCCUUUGCUUUUGAGAUAUUUUUACUGAUUUAUGUGGUAAGUUUACUUGGAGGUGCCCACUUGACUGUGUUUCUUCCUUGUUUUGUACCAAUAGAGCCUAUUUUUCACCCAUGACGUUCAUCAAAAUCCUUUAUU